AACCCUAAUAGCUUUUAUUUAAAUUUUCGAUAGGAAUUUGGUAUGCAGCCGCCGCCGCCCACCCUCAUCUAUUACUAGAUUUUCUUAAUUUAUCACAGCAAACUUCCUCUUGGUCUUUUAUUCUAUUCACUUUUAGACUAUGAGCAAUGCAAAAAAAGCAUAAAUUUGUUUCAUCUCCUUCUUCUGAGACGCAAAACAAUCGCUGUUUAAGUGAAACACAAGCACGCGGUCCAACCGCAGAAACCACAAGAGCCGUCGGUUUAGACCGGUUUUAGCAAUUUUCUACCGGCUUAACGGCCUCUUUUCGAUUUUAUUUCAAACCUUAUCAAACCGGAUACAGGUCUGCUUCCCGGUUCAACCGAUCUAAUUGGCCGGUCCGAUUUUAGUUGCCUUGAUAAAAACCCUAAACAUAUUAAAGAAAAAUCUCAAACCAAUUCAAGUCAGUCCAAACACUUCGCCAUAUACAAAACACCAUCGCAUCCGCUCGCCGUCGACCUACCGCCCUCUGCGCCGCUCUUGCUUUCCACCGCCGCCUUGCUGCCAUGAUUGAACCUCAAAGAUGUUGAAGUAUAAUUCCUCAGGCCAUCAGGUUUUGGAGUGAGUAAAUUGAUUUGUGGUGUCAGCUUGCUGUUUUCCUCGUAUUAUUUUUAAAACUUUUUAGUUUAAUUUCUAGAAGCUGAAAAAAUUGAUUUGGAGUAAGAAAGGAUUAAAGUUUUCAACUUCGGUACACCUCUGCAGUGAAGUGGUCAAUUAAGGAGUAGGCUAUUGGGUUGUUUUCCGUUAACAAUGGAAGUGGAUACUUCGGACAUUAUACCACCCGAUAGCAACAAUGGCAGCCGCGGCGGCACAACAAAGAAAUCCACCCCCCUCGGUAAGAGAAAGGCGUACAUGCACGACGACACUAGUCAGCUCUCGGAGCGUAAAAAGAAGGAGAUGAGAAUCCGUUUAUCGCUAACGAAGCCUUCCUACGUUCUUGCACUCUGUUCUAAACCUUUCAGAUCGGAACAUCGUCGGAGAUUGCAGUACCUGCUGCGUAGGCUAGUUAAUCAACAAGACUGGGUUGGAGCUAGUGGUGUUAUUAGUGUUUACUUGAAAGGAACUAUUAAGGAUAGUUCUAUCUUGAAGAAUCGUUUCAAGUUUUGGGCUUUACUAGAGAUUCUUAAGCAUGUGGGAAACCAUUCUAUGAAUUCAAAAAGGAUCACGAAUCUCUACGACGUUUGGUCAAAGAAGAUUGGAUCAUUGAAGAUUCAAUCAAUGAAGACUUGGGCAGUAGAGAGUAGACGUGCAGUUCUUUUGGAGUUCUUGUUGUUCCAUUUUAUGCAAGGCAAUGCUGGGGAGGCAUAUCAGCUUGCUCUAUGCAUUGAGCAAGAGAAAGUUGAUAUUGAUCCUGUUUCAAAGAUGAUGUUGGGUUUGACAUUCUAUGAGCUGUGGUAUUCUUCUAUUCCCGAAGAAUUUCAAUGGAGAGAUUUAGAUCAAUUUGAUGGUCAAGAGAACUCACAUACAGAGGGAACUUCAUUCAGCAACGAAGUUAGACAAUCAGAGUGGCAUAAUACAGUUGAGUCGCACAUGGCAGACUCCCAAUAUCAAUGCCACUCAGAUUCAUCUGUCAUGAAUAAUAGGCAAAUGUCCAAGGAUGUUGGCCUCAAUAAUGAUAUAAUUGUUCCCAUGGAUGUUAAUGGUAACCAUAAAAGAGAAAAACUGCAUCAAAUCUUUCAGCCGCAAGAUUUUUACUUGACUUCUGAUGAAAAUCAAGUAACGGGAGACCCUUUGUCUAACAGCGGAGGUCUUACACAAGAUGUCUUGAAUGCUCUUGGGAGGCUUGAUUUGUGUUUGCUGCCCUUGCGAUUUGAGAAUUUGAAUGGUUUGUUGGAGUUCAUGAUCAUGCACAGAAAUCAAUUUAACGAGUACUAUAACAAUGCAUUAGAGUAUUUAGAACUAGCUCUUAACUCAACAUCCUUUGCAUCAGCAGCAUUGCUUCCAUUAGUACAGCUGCUGCUGAUUGGAGGUCAAGUUAAUGAGGCUUUAACUCUGCUUGAGCAACAAUGUGAUAAUUCAUAUUCUGUACUCCCAAUUAGAUUACGUGUGGUUCUCUUGGAGCAUUUUGAUCGAAACAACUAUCUCUUGAUUCAAAGUUGUUAUGAGGAUAUAUUAAAGAAGGAUCCAACCUGUUGUGAUUCUUUAGCAAAACUUAUAACGAUGCACCAAGAAGGAGAUUAUAGUCUUGAAUCUCUUCUGGAAAUGAUUGUUUUACAUUUGGAUGCUACAGAUGCAGAGUACAAUACAUGGAAGGUGCUAGCUAUAUGUUUUUCUAAAUUGUCUCUCCAUGAAGAAGACAUCUUGUCUACAUGCUCCAAUCAAAAUGAUAAAGUACAGGGCCUGCAACAUUCCUCCUCUCGCGAAAGCCCAAAAAUAUUUACAGAGGGUAUAUCAGCAAAAUCUUGGAAUCUUCGCUGUCGGUGGUGGCUAACAAAAUAUUUCAGCAACAGCAAGUUUGAAUCAAAUAUUAAAACUGGUGAUUUACGGUCACUCACAUACAAAGCAGCAUGUGCAUUGUACAUGUAUGGACAAGAGUUCAGCUAUACUGUGAAGGCCUAUUCUCAUUUAGAAAAAGAAAAUGAAAAGGAUUUAUUGCUAUUCUUGGCUGAACACAAGAGAAAUUCAUAUGGAAUUUACAAUAAAAAUUCAAAGAAAGCCAAAUGUUUAAGAUGAAAAUGAUAAGAUAUUCUAUUUAUUGCAUCGUGAAUAUCAUCAUUAUUUUAUCUCAGUUUUGGGUAGCUUUCAUGGUUUAAAUUGUAUAUAUACAGUUUUGUAUGAGUUUUUUGUCCAUUACCUCAAUGGUUACUUCUUCAACUGUA